AUGACGGAGCAUCUGAAAGCUCUUGACCAGGAAGUAAAUAAGUUUGUGGACUAUAUGUUUGGACCUCGGGAUUCCAGGGUUAGAGGAUGGCUACUUUUGGAUUCUUACCUUCCUACAUUUUUCCUUACUUGUGCAUACCUACUGUGCAUAUGGCUAGGCAACAAGUUCAUGAAGAACAGGCCUCCGUUCUCCCUCAGGGCUCACCUCAUUGUAUAUAACCUUGGGAUUACACUGCUCUCCUUGUACAUGCUCAUAGAGCUCAUCCUUGCCACAUGGGAAGGAGGCUACAACUUGCAGUGCCAGAACCUCCACAGUGCAGGGGCGGCCGACAUCCGGGUAGCCAAGGUGCUGUGGUGGUAUUAUUUUUCCAAAGUAAUUGAAUUCAUGGACACUAUCUUCUUCGUACUGAGGAAGAAAAGUAGUCAGAUCACCUUUCUCCAUGUUUAUCACCAUGCCACCAUGUUUAACAUCUGGUGGUGUGUCCUGAACUGGAUACCCUGUGGGCAAAGUUUCUUUGGACCCACUUUGAAUAGCUUUAUCCACGUGCUCAUGUAUUCUUAUUAUGGACUGUCAGUCAUCCCUUCUAUGCACAAGUAUCUGUGGUGGAAGAAAUACCUCACUCAGGCACAAUUGAUCCAGUUUCUGCUCACUAUUGUGCACACACUCAGUGCGGCUGUGAAGCCAUGUGGAUUUCCAUUUGGCUGCCUCAUGUUCCAGUCUUCCUACAUGGCCACACUGGUCAUUCUCUUUGCAAACUUUUACAUUAAGACAUACCAGAAAGCACCUUCAAGAACAGUUGUAAAGGAGACCCCUGUUACAACAGAAAUAAAGAAUGGUUUCCAUAAGGACUACUUUGCUGCUGCCAAUGGAUUCCUGAAUAAGAAAGCACAAUAA